AGGUUGAAGAUGCAAACGCUGGAUUUCUCAGGGAACUCCUUGGCCGGCGGUGGCGAGCUCCUCGCCGAGGUUAUGGGAGCUCCGGUGCUUGAGGAGCUCUGCUUAGCUCACUGCGGCUUGGAAUUCGAAGACGUUGAGGCGGUGGCCCAGGAGUUACCUUUCACCAGCCUCAGGUCCUUGCAGUUGGCCGGCAACGAUCUAGCUGCUGCAGGGCUUAAGGUGCUCUCGGAGCAUUUGCCCAAGUGUCGCUUGGACGUGCUGGGCCUUGAGCGGAAUGGCUUGAAGUCAGAGGAUUUAUCAUGCCUUGGCCAAGCCUGGGCCAAGCGGCCCUUCUCUCGCUUGCGCCUCUCCGGGAACCAGAUGUCGGACGAAGAGCUCAAGGCUUUCAUUGACACCUUGCGCUCUUUAGCGUGAAAAGCCGGGCGAAGCCGCGCGCUUUUGAAUGCGUUGUGCAUUGCGCGGGGCGUCGUGCAUUGCGGUGGCCGUGUGAGCACUGCGCGCUGUGGUUUUUCGGGAGCAGGCCCGGGUGUCCACCCACUCCGCCGAAGUCCGAGCUAAGUGAUGUGGGCUGAGUCGGUGAUGUUGCGGAUGUUUGGGAAGAAAGCAAUGGAUCUUUGGUGGCGCGCCUCUGCUGCGUCUUUGGGGACCCAAAGGGGGACCCACGAAGCACUGGAGUCAACCCUGGAAGCACAGUGUUCAAUUGGUCUUUUGAUGCUAUGCAGUUCACAGUGUCCGGUCUAACAAACACAUCAUGCAACUGGGAGAGGCAAUCCAUGUG